UCUCUUUUAAUUUUCUAUUUUUAUCCCUUUUUCUUUAUCCUUUUUUUCCUCUCUCUUCUUUUUUUCUCUUACUCUCUUUUUUGCUGUUGUCUAAGUUACCUUCUUUUUAUCUCAAUCACUUUAUCUUUUUUCUUUGGACGUAUGGAAAGUGCUCUUUCAGAACAAGCACAGUCAUGUUCCGAACAAGGUAAUCAAUACCCGUUUUGUUCUCCAACCAGUUCAGAUGUUUGGAAAAAUGGAACAACGCAUAAUUUUGUAUGGAAUUUCAACUAUCCAUUUUAUGUUGGCAAUGACAAUUUAAGUCUUUAUUUGUACUAUAUUGUUCGAUAUGAAUAUAUAAAUGUAAAGAAUUUCACAGGUUUGACAGAAACUUCAGGUGGAAUAGAAGUAACUGUAGACGAUAGUUGGUUCUUAGCGAGCCUUCCAGCAGGCACUCCUGACCAAAACUUGACUAUAUAUGGCUUUUAUUUGCCUUCUACAGCGGAUCCUGCUGUAGAAUUAGCAAGUACUAGUAGCCAAUACCCUAGACCAUUUAAUUUCACUGUUACUCAAAUCGCAUCGCUUGCAGCUACAAAUAACACUAGUUCUUCAACACCAUCGAAUACCAAUAGCAGUAACGGUAGUCGUACGAAUAACGAUAAUAAUAGCAACAAUCAUAUGGCCAGCAACUCAAAUUCAUCUAUAUUGCCUGGUUGGGCCAUUGCUGUCAUUGUUAUUGCUGUGAUUGCACUUUUAUGUGGCGCUGCAGCACUCUUUUGGACCAUGUUACUCUCGCGUAAAAAUAAGCGCAACAACAAGCUAAUUCCUAUCCUUGGUGCAAGUAACAACAACAAUAACAAUACAGAUAGUGAAAAGCGACAAUUAGACGAUAAUCAAUCGAUGCAUUCACAAGCCAAAAUGACCGCUUUCCGUUCUACAGAGAGUGUGCCAAUGACAACAACAGCAGAAAAUGCGUCCAGUGUCGGAACACUUGCGUCGAGAAAUCAGCCAUUAUCACUCGUGCAUGACUCAAAUAAACUUUCUUCAAGUGAUGCACUUUUACUUUCACUUGGCAGAAAUAACGACUGGACUAGUGAAGAAGAUGAAGAACUGAAACGAAGACGUUUGGGCGAAGCAUUACUGCAACGACAAUUAGAAGAAGACGGCACGUCUGUCAAGCAUGCUGGUCGAUUCACGCGAGUCAAAAGUCUGGCUGAUAUACAGAAAAGUGCUAUUUUUGAACGUCCUCAGCCAUAAAAAAAUUAUACGCAAUGAUCCUCCUUUUUGUACUUUUAUCUAUUUAAUCUAUAUAUAUAAUAAAUCGCUUUUAAGG